AUGUCACAUCUUGAAUACUUCUCCUAUCCAGGUUUCGGGGAGACUACACGCCAACAAUUUUGGUUCAAUCAGGCUGUCCGUAUCGGUGAUCGUAUCGAAAUUUCGGGUCAAGGCGGUUGGGAUCCCACCACCGGCUCACUUCAGGAAGGAAUAUCCUACCCGGAUGAGAUCGACUCCGCCUUUUCCAACGUCGAUCUCGCACUCAAACACGCUGGAGGAAAAGGCUGGCCGCAGGUCUACAGCGUGAAGAUCUACAUGGCAGAUCUCAGCAAGGAAGGGUUGGCAGUAAUAACUAGAUACUUGAAGAUGUGGAUGCCGGAUCAUCAACCUCUUUUGACGGUGGUGGGUGUUGCGAAGCUGGCGUUACCGGGAAUGAGGAUUGAGGUCGAGGUCUGUGCGCAUGUUUCGGGAUGA